AUGAACAAAUCCAGGAACUCGAAGUUCAAAUGGAAGGAUUAAAAUUUGAAAAUUCCAACCUUGCAAAUCAGUUGGAAAAUGAAUCGAUUUGGAAGUAUUCUCUACAGCAAAUGCCAGAUCAUAUAUGUCCUAUUCAAAUGACCGUAAAACAAUAUUGUAGAUUAAAGUUUGAUAAAACAUGCCAAUUUUGUGGUCAACCAAACAACAAUUGCACAAUUCUUGAGCUAAAAAUUAGAAUAUGUAGACAAUGUCGUGAAUUAGAGUUAACAAGUUAUUCAUCUGAACUAAUCCCAGCAUUAUAUUUAGUUGAUUACGAACAACUUAACGGAAACUACCUAGACUAUUCUGUGCGGGAGUUAAAAGCAGUGUCAUAUGUGAUCUUUUACUUAAAAAUUGAAGUAACGAAAACCUAUGAAGAGUAUUACAGAGUUUCUUAUAAUAAGAAACAAGAAUGGUUAAAUAAUAGAACAAAUGUUGUUCAAGAAUAUUACAAUGAUAUUUUAAAAAUUAAACACCCAUCAAUCACAAAUCAAUAUCUUAUUUCAGCACCACAAACCUCAGACUCAUUAACUCGUCAAAAUUCAUUUUUAAUCCCUAAUAUUAUAAUUUUUAAUAUAAGUUUUGAAAUUACAUAA